UUUAAAGUCCCACCUGGAAGAGGUCAACCAAUCAGAACAGUGAUGACCAUGGGAGUGGCUGGCAUUGGGAAAACACUGUUAACACAGAAGUUCACUCUGGACUGGGCUGAAGGCAAAACCAACCAGAACAUUGAUUUCAUAUUUCCAUUCACUUUCAGAGAGCUGAAUAUGUUGAAAGAAGAAAGGUUCAGCUUAUUAGGACUGAUUCAUAAAUUAUUUUCUAAAACCAAAGAAAUCAGCAGCUUUAAAACGUUCCAGGUUCUGUUCAUCUUUGAUGGUCUGGAUGAAAGUCGAUUUACUCUGGAUUUCAACAACAAUCCGAUCCUGACUGAUGUUACAGAGUCCAGCUCAGUGGAUGUUCUGGUGACAAACCUCAUCAGGAGGAAACUGCUUCCCUCUGCUCUCCUCUGGAUAACCACACGACCUGCAGCAGCCAAUCAGAUCCCAGCAACGUUUGUUGACAUGGCAACAGAGGUCAGAGGGUUCACUGACCCCCAGAAGGAGGAGUACUUCAGGAAGAGAUUCAGAGAUGAUGAAGAGAAGGCCAGCAGGAUCAUCUCCCACAUCCAGAAAUCAAAAAGUCUCCACAUCAUGUGUCACAUCCCAGUUUUCUGCUGGAUCACUGCUAAAGUUCUGGAGGAUGUGAUGAAGACCAGAGAGGGAGAAAAACUGCCAAAGACUCUGACUGAGAUGUACAUAGCAGAGGCUCUGGAGAGGCAGACCCAGCAGAUCGGAGCAUCGGCCUGCGGGGCCACAGCGGUGGUGGACGUCCUGAAGGCCCUCGGAGUGGAUGUUGCGCCGGAAGAAGCUGACCGCUGCGUCCAGACCCGCCUGAGGAGGAACGAGUCUCCGCUGCCAGACUACCUGCUGUCCCGCAGCGAAGCAGUGGCGGAGGGCCUUGGCCACGCGGGACGCAGCCGCUGCGCUUCGCCUUCGCGGGACAGCUGA